GGAAUGCAUCCGGUAUGAUCUAACGUAUAACAAUAAUAGUUGAGAUAGGUUGUUUUUUAAAAUUACUAUUAGAAUAUGAAAAUAAAGCAUAACCAUCCCUUCAAAAGAAUGAGACAAUCUUUGUUUCAUAGAGAAUGGUAGACAUGCGCAUAUCCUGUUGGAGAACUCACCUUGUCAAUAUUCAAGAAUUAAGAAGCGUUGGAUACAAUGCAUGAUGAUGAAUCUUUAAUUGAUUUUCUAAAGAAAAGAGGUAUAUUUAAAGAAAGUCGGCUGAGAAGUCUCUAUUCUGAUUUAGGGAACCUUUAUUCCAAAAAUCCAGAGGGAUUUAAUGCUAAUGUACAAACAUGGAAGGAUGCGAUAGAAACUGCGUGUUUUUAUAACAAAUUGGGCUCCAAAUUAAUCAUUCAUUUCGAUGAAGGCCUUGAAAAUGCUUUCUUUAGUUCGUCAUUUGGAAAACCUCUGAGUUUAGGAAUGAUUGCCAAUUACUUGCAAGAGAAGAAUGUAUGGCCUAACAUUAAGGAAUUUCUACACAUGUGUGAAAAUCCUGACCGGGGAUUACAGUCUUAUUUUUCUGUGUAUUCUUGGUUACAUUGGGGAGGUAGAAUCAUAAGCUCUAAGAUACAAAAGGGAAUUUUGUUUUCACCUUCAUAUCCAAAAGACACUCUGGUACUUGUGAAAAACGUAGAAUUACUGGCUUCUCUCAUACGCAAAGAAGCUCAUCAAUUACAAAGUACAUACACGAGUACCAUAUAUACACGGAGCUCGUUUCAAAGUACGUUUGGGCCGAAACUAUGGAAAGAUACAGUACUCUCCUCUAUGGAAUUGGAAUGUUUAUUGCAAUGGAUGUGCCAUCGUAUGCACUUAAUUGUCUUUGAUAAGGAUACUAUCAAGUUUUUACCUAAUGACUUUCAAGAAGGCGUUAUAGAAACUGUUGAUAAAUCCAUAGCAGCAAUUGUGGAAUCCAGAAGCUUCAUAUCAAGAAGCAAGGAACUUGUUAACAACAAGAUUGAAGAUCUUACCCUGAAGGUUCAUGAAGCGAUCUCACAGGCAGAGAAAGUAACUGCCCUUACGUAUUUACGGAGAAAAAAAAUUCUGCUUAAAGAGUCCGAUAGGAAAGAAGCAGCUCUUCUUCAAGUAGACUCUUUGCUUUCCAGUAUUGAUGGGGCUUUUGAAAAUAAAGUACUGUUGUCAGCUCUUUCCUCGGGUUCUGAUGUUCUCAAAUCUGUUGUCAGUCAAAUGGGUGGUAUCGAACAUGUGAAUGAGAUAUUGGAGUCUGUUCAAGAAGCCAAACUUGAUUUUCAGGAGGUUGAUUCCGCUGUUACGGCAAUAAACACCCCAGAAUCUAAUGUUGACACAGAAGAACUCGAGAAAGAAUGGGAGGAUCUUGUCAAAGAGGAUAAAAAAGAAGUUGAUCUUACCGCUAUGCUAAAUAGAGUGUCUUUAAAUCCACCGUCGAAGCCUAUGCCUUCUUCGAAAGAACAAGUGCUGAAUGACUUAAAUCCAACUCAUAAACAAGCUGAACCAUCUACCUAACUUUUUACUCCCUCCCGCUACUGCUCUAUAUUAAAGCCAUGAAUAUUAUGUGAUCGUAUGCACUUCUAGUACGUGAAAAUCUGGAAUUUAUUUUAAGUAAUACUUAAUGAAUUAACGUGCUCUACUGUUUUCAUCCUAUGUAAAUUGC